CAUGUUGUAAGUUGCUAAGGGUAUGAUCACGUUGUAGACAUGAUAAGUGAAGAAGUUAAUUCCGCUGUAACUACUGAUAUGAUUAUCUCUACACAUUCGGGAUAUAAAGAUUACAAUUGGGUUAUUAAAUUAAAUCGACCAUGCUUACGCUUGUUUGGGGUUUGGCCAGAACCCAGCAAAACUCCUCGAAAGAAAUUGAUGAUGGAUGCACGUGUUAUUAUUAUAUCAAAUAUAAUUAUUUGGAGUAGCAUCAUUCCAACCUUACAUUCUUUCAUCAGAAUAUGGGGCAAUAUUACAUCUAUGAUCGAUAAUCUGCAAUACAGUUUACCGCUUUUAAUAUCAAUAAUAAAACUUGUUCUUUUAUGGCAAAAGAAGCAAGUUCUCAUACCAGUUUUACAAAUGGUUAAAGAAGAUUGGAUAAAAUCAAAGUCAGAAAAUGAAAGAGUCGUUAUGUUACGACAAGCACGAAAGGCACGACUAAUAAUGAUUUGGGGAUAUUUUAUCAUGUUGGUCUCGUUCAUUUGUAUCGUAAUUCUUCCUACCUUUAAUAUAUCAAUGAGAUAUAUGACAAAUAUUACCGAUCCGGGCAAAGUGCUGCCGCUGCAAACAUAUUACAUAUACAAUGUAAAUGACAGUCCGUUUUACGAGACUACUUUCAUUCUACAAGGUUUUAGUUUGAUGACAGCCGGCGCUAUAUACACCGGCACAGACUCCUUCAUGGGUUAUCUGGUCUUCCACGUAUGCGGUCAACUCGAAAACCUCAAGACGCGUAUUCUGAAUCUGGAUAAAUUUAGUCACUUUGAAGAAGCACUGUCUUCUAGUGUACAGGAUCAUAAGCGUCUCAUCAGAUCCAUUAAAAUCAUUGAUAAUACAUUUAAUUUGAUGCUGCUUGGUCUGCUGGUUUAUUUUGGCAUACUUUUUGCUCUGUUUGGAUUUUUAUUUAUCACCAUAAUGAGGCAAGGUAGUAAUCUAUCCAUCGGUCGACUCAUUUGUAUACUGACAACUUUUAUUAAUACAUUCACACAUAUGUGUCUUUAUUGUGUGGUAGGAGAAUUUUUAGUGGUUCAAUGUGACGGAAUUUACGAGGCUACUUAUCACUAUAAGUGGUAUAACCUAAAGCCAAAGCAGGCCAGAAAUCUAUUGGUUAUAAUGAUGCUGGCUAAUAAACCACUGCACCUUACUGCAGGAAAACUUUUUCCUAUGACGAUGGCUACAUUUUGUAAUUUGCUAAAAACAUCGGGUGGCUACAUAUCGGUUUUAGUGGCACAAUAAAUCGUAAGUAUACGCAGUUAAUAUGUUGCGCGUACAUAUCUAACUGCUUUUCUGUAUUUUGCUCCCCAAAAUGCAGAAUUAUACAACUUUAUUGGACCAUUGAGAAAAAGUUUCGAUAUUUCGAACUUCAGCAGAAAGACUUUCACAUAUUGUACACUUUGAGCAACACGUUAAUCGAUAACCACUGUACAGGGCCGGUUUAGAAAGUAUUAAACGUAUUUGUUAAUAUAA